AUGGCUGCACUGAAGGUGUCUGCCAAGCCCGUCAACCUCAGCAAGACCUUCUCCAGAUCAAUGGCCACCGAGGCAUCAUCACCAGAAAUCACACGAUCCGCAACGACACAAUCCCUCGUCCAGUCCUGGAACCCAGUCUCAACUGUCCCUGUCACAAUCCACAGCUUUCCCUCCCUUGAACCAACCUCCCUCGAGCAAUGGUCCGUCCAACACCUCUACCUCCCCCUCCGCCGCGACAUCCUCCACCACGCCAUCACCUUCGAAGGCGACAACACCCGUCAAGGUACCGCCUCCAGCAAAACCCGCUACGAAGUCCACGGCUCUCACCGCAAGGUCCGUCCGCAGAAGGGCACCGGCCGCGCCCGUCUCGGCACCAAGCAGAGUCCCAUCCUCCGCGGAGGUGGCAAGACGUUCGGCCCAAAGCCCCGUGAUUUCGGGAGCAAGCUCAACCGCAAGGUGUACGACAAGGCGUGGCGAACCGCCCUCAGCUACAGGUACAGAAGGGGCGAACUGAUCAUCUGCGAAGAUGGAAUGGAACUGGCUAUGCCGGCUGAUUUUGAGAUGCUGGCCGACAAGUACCUGAAGGAUGGGCUGCGGGAGGCAUACCUACAGAAAUACGUGAAGAGUGUUUUGAGCACGCUGGGGCUUGGUCGCGCUGAUGGGCGAACACUUUUUGUGACUGGUGACGUGAGGGAGAGACUGUACGAGGCUAUGGAGCAGGUUCCUUGGGAAGGACGUGCGCUUGAUGUGGAGGAUGUAGAUGUCAAGGACUUGUUGGAAACGGGCAAGGUUGUCAUGGAGAGGAGCGUGUUGAAGGAGAUGAUUGAGAGGCAUCAGAGCGAUUUGGUCACUCGUGUUGCAGUUGGCGGAUUGACUAAGAGUCGUCCGUCGGUUGGUGAGGUUGUCUUGUAA